UUUGACAAUAGUGCUGCUAUUAUAUUCCAUAUCAGAGAUUUGGACAUAAAAGACAUGCCACCCCAUCGAUCUGCUAACCAGCGCUGGAUUUUCUUACAAGAAUCUCCUCAUCACACUCCAAACAUUUUAUAUGACCUUAAUAAUAUUUUCAAUUGGACAAUGACUUACAGAACUGAUUCUGACAUCUACAUGCCAUACCCUGUUCUGGAACCGACUGCAGGAUCUUCGUUUGAAUUUCAAAUAUGGAACAAGACGUUUGAACCUGAUGUUUUGAAGGACCAAAUACGGCAGAAAAAAAAACUCGCAGCGUGGUUUGUUUCAAACUGCUUCACACAAAGCGGGCGGGAAAAAUAUGCUUCUGAGCUACAAAAGUACGUUCACGAUGACGUAUAUGGAAAAUGCGGACCUUUAGUGUGUGCCAAUCAUCUUCAAUGCUACCAAAUGUUAGAGCAACAAUAUAAAUUCUACCUCUCUUUCGAGAAUUCCAUCUGCCGCGACUAUGUUACAGAAAAAUUUUACAACGCCCUUCUCUUCAAUGUCGUGCCAGUAGUUUAUGGUGGUGCCAAUUAUAAUGCAGUUGCGCCUAAAGGCUCUUACAUUGAUGUUCGUGAUUUUACGUCAGUUCGGCAUCUUGCACAGUACCUGAAAUUCUUGGAUAAAAACGACAGUGCCUACUUGCGGUAUUUUGAUUGGCGGAAAACUCCAUCAGGCAUAUCAGCCUUACCGCGUUUUAUUCAAGGCUGGUGCACGCUUUGCAGUAUGCUUAAUAACACCUCGUUACCCUUAAAGUCUUAUUCAAAUAUUCAUUCCUGGUGGUUUGAAAAAGGCCACUGUGAAAAUGAUCGUACAAAUAUUCACAAGUUAACAACUUAGUGUCAUUACCUGUGUUUAUCGAGCGAGACUUGUUAAAUAAAGAGAUUUACGUUGCUCUA